AUGGCAUUUUUACCCUCCUUCAUUUUAAGUGAUGAGUCAAAGGAAAGAAUCACUAAGCUAAUCAACAUAACUCACACGGUUGCUCACUAUGGUUGGGUUCCAUUCAUUUUGUAUUUAGGAUGGGCAAGCAGUUCAAACAAGCCAAAUGUCUUGAACUUACUGUCCCCAUUACCAAGCAUCUAG